AAUUUGAAAAAAAAUCAUUUAGAUAAAUUUAUUAAUUAUGCCAAAGUCAAAAGAAACGUUUGUGUACGUAGGCACUCUAUACUGACGUUAAGCGUUCUUCGCGUCCGCAAACUCAGAUUUAUAGAGACAAACUAAGGAAUAUUAAUAAAAAGUAUCUUAAAAACAUCAGCUGUAAAAUAUUUUGCAGCAAAUCUUUCAUCAUUUGAACUAAGUUAAUAACUAUGGGGUCUGCUACACAAUUUUUAAAUGGUAGACAUGGUUAUCUUGAUGUUAAAAAUGUAAAGAAGUCGUCAUUAUUUUUUCAGAAGACUUGGUACAAAGCAUAUUUUGUUUUGCGUUAUGAUCCGAUUGCUCUUGAAGAAUACGAAAAUGAUUUGCUAACAGGCUCGACUAAAUCACACAAUGUUGGGUCUUUUUUACUUGUUAAAAUAGUUCGUAAUUUAAAAUCUCACCCGUAUGUCUUUAAAAUAACACUUGAAACUGAGAAACUUUAUUUUGGAUGUGAUAGUCUUAUUUUGUUAGAUGAAUGGAUAAACUCGUUUUUACUAAUGAAAAGAAGUUUACAAUGUGCCUUUUCGCUAAAGAAAAAUUCUGAACAAGUUGCAAAACCUGAAAAUUUCCAUGUUUCUAUCAUUGAAACAAAAUUGUCGGAAAAUAUCGCUUUGAAGGGAUCGUAUUUUAUGUUUAUAAACCAAUCACAAGUUUCAUUAUAUUUAAAUACUGGCUCCGAUGAGAUACAAAGAUGGCCUUUAAACUCUAUAUUGUAUUUCUCCAGCCGACCAAAUAAUAAAGAACUUAUUUUACUGGUUGGAAAAACACGUCAUUCUGAAUGUGGAGAACUCAGGUUUAAAACAAGUGCUUGUGAAAAUAUUCAUAGUUUAAUAAACGAUUACAAAGAUAGAAUCAUAUCAAAGAGUAAAAACAUAUAUACUCAUGAUUAUGAUAAUGAAGUUGGCAUAAACACAAACAAUUUUUUUAAAAACGAACACUACAAAACUAUAUGCAAUGCAACUAAUGGUUUCAAUUAUAGUAAUUGUUAUUCAUAUUAUAACCGUGAUGAAUAUUUUAUAAAUACACAAAAAACUUGCAACAACAUUUUUCCUGACUUUUCUAAAGAUGAUGAAGAUAACGGUUACAUUAAUGAGAAUCGUCUAAAUAGUAAUAAAAAGUUUUACGUACAAUAUUGCGUAUCAAAUUCAUCUUUUUCAAAUUACGGAAACAAAAAAGAUACUUAUUACCCUCAAAAUGAUAAAUCUUACGUAAAACUCAAAGAACACUCUAAGUUAAAUUUAUUUAAAUCUGGUUUUACUAAUUCUUCAAAGUAUAAAAAACGUGUAUCUGUGAUAAGGAAAAAGUCUUUAAUAAGUAGCUCACCACACAGCUCACCUGAAUUAUAUAUUAAAAGGAAUUCACGUUGUUUAAGUAAGCCAUAUACAGUUAACCAUAAUGUUUGUAAUGUUUCAAGACAAUAUAGGAGGUUUAAUGUGAUAUGUCAAAAAGAAACAAACUUUUGUGAAAAAAGUUGCAAAAAAGCAAAUAACUUAAAAGAAUUUCAAGAACUUCAAAAAUUCUUAUCGAAGCAAAAAAGUCAUUUUAAAAAUCUGCAACAGCAAAUGUUGGUUUUAAACAGAAGUUCUCCAAGCACAAAGCAUAAAGAUCAUUCAAAAGAAAUAAUUCCAACUACCAAUGUACCUUUUCCUACUACUAACGUACCUCUUACUACUAUCAAUGUACCUCUUACUACAAUUAAUGUACCUCCUACUACUACCAAUUUUCUUCCUCUUACUUCCAAUGAAUCUCCCACUACAACAAAUGUACCUCCUUUUGUACCAGAAAGAAAUCCUAGUCCAAAUCCUAUUUCAAAAAAAAAUUGCAUAGAGUUAAAUAAUUCAAAAGAGAAUUGUGGCGAUGUUAAAAAGAUGUUUGAAGCUAAUAAAAUGGAUCUUAUACCUUUGUCAUCUACUUGCGCGAAUCAGCAUAUAAAUACCCAACUAGCUGAUUGCGUGGGCGAACCAGUAAAUACACAUCCUACUUGUUGUGAUGAUCAGAAAGUAAACAUACAAUUAACUUCCUAUUGUUCAUUCCAAUUUCACUUGACUAUUAAUAAUGUGUCGUAUAAUAGUCCGAUUUCUUCUCCUUAUCAUUUAUCUAUUCCAACGAAGGUGAAUGAAGAGAUUAACAACUUCAACAAUGAUGUUACAAGUGCAUCUGUGACAAAAUUUAUGCAAACAAAUAUUAAUUGUUUAAACAAAUUAGAGGAGAAACAUUUUUUACCUAAAACAUUAGUUGGACCAACUACGUCUCAGUUUCCUCCUGCAAAAAAAAAGUUUAUUUGGUUAGAUUAAAAUGGUUUCAAAAAAAUAAUCAAAAAAAAAUCUUUACAUUAGAUUAAUUCUUUUUUUGACUUAAUCAACAUUAUAAUAAUCAUAAAUAUAAUAUUAGAAUUUAAUGUUUUUUAGAAGAUUGUUAAGUAUACGUACUUUACUUUAAUAUAUAAAUUAAUAUUUAGACGAGAGUUUAGAAAUUACAUAUUGUAUAAGUUUAAAAAAUAUAGUUGAAUAUAUUUAAUAUAAUAUAAAAAAGGAGUAUAUAACAAUCGUAAGUAAGUGAAAGUUUGCGUUUUUGCAAGUUUGUAACAGAAACAUUUCUGAUUGCAAAUCUUCAAUUAGUAGAUAAGUUUAAACUGGCCAGCUUGUACACCAACGCGUACACCAUCGGGUAUACCAAAGCAUGUAUACCAACGCGUGCAAGUUUAUUAAUUUUUAUUUAAUAUAAAAAUAAUAAAAAUGAUAAACGAAAGAUGAGCUCAUAUUGUUAGCACAUCCGCAGAUAAAUUUAAAUUUUAGCACCUUUUUUAAAAUAAAAUAUUUAUCAUGUGGUUAUUUUUAAUGAACUUAUUUUUUUUGAUUGAUGAUUAAAUAUAUUU